GCGACGCCACUGCAAUCCCUUAAACCCCAAAUAUCCUUCAAGCUCCAAACCACAAAACCCUUCUUUCUCUGCAUUUCAAUGGCCAUUCCUAUGUAACAACACCACCACUUCUCUGAACUUCAAAGCUCCAACAAACAAAACCCAUGGUUUUCCUCAGAACCCUCCGUUCUUACAAUUUAUACACUCUCCUCAAACUCCAAAACCCUUCUCAAUUACCCCAUACCUAUCUACAUACCCCUUUCAUACCAACUCAUCCAAUUAUUUCGAUUUCCCCUCGAUCUUUACUACUUUCGUCAAUUUUUCAAAGACCCAUUUCGCUUUUUGCUCGGUUCGAACAGAAAGUGGACGCUGAUUUGAUUGAUUCAGAAUAUGUGAAAGAACAGAGAAAGGAGGGGACAAAGAAGCGACUGGAUAUCCUUUUCAAAGAAGCAGUUGGAUUGGCUGAAAAGCUCGAACGCAGCGACAGCGAAGACAAAAGUGAAAGUGACAGUGAAACCAAAGAUUUGAAGAAGAAAUUGAGGGCAUUGGAGGUAGACGUGAGGACUUUGAAAGAGAAUAAAUUGAGGAACUUGAAAGAGAACAGUAAGGAGAUAGAAAAAUUGAAGAAGAAACCCAAGAUCGAUGAUGAAGAAUUGAAGGGUGAGACUAAGCCUAGGCGCUUAUAUGCAUUGUUUACGCAUAAUGAGGAUGCUAGUCGCAAAAAAUCUGGGGAAUCGGAGGCUAUGAGAAUGGAGGACCCAAAAGUAUACAAAGAGCUUUCACCUGAUAUGGUUUUGUUUGUGAGACAUUUGUACGAUGAAGGGUACUUUAAGGAUGCAAACUUCUUGCCUAGGAAUAAGUUUGAUGUCACUUGUUUCGAGAACAGUUAUGGCCGCGAUUUUAUUAAGUUUGCGGCUGAGAAGUUUGGCAAGGACCACCAGGAAAUUGCAAAAUGGUUGUCCGGCAGUGACUUAAAAAAGGUGGCCCUGGUUGGUUGCCCUUCUCUUGCGAGGAAAAAUAUAUUUUCUGCUAAAAGAUUGCGGACAUUUUUUGCAAUUCAGGAAAACAAUGUUUGCAGCAAAUGCAUCUUGAAACACUCAUGCAAGUUUGUGAAUCAGAGUGUAUGGAGAGGUGACACCAAGACUUUGAAUUUGGCAGUUGUAAUGAGGGUUAUUACUUUGUAUGCGUUGGAGUUGGUACCUCCACAGUUGGUAGUGCCGGAUGAAGUAAAGGCUUCUGUUAGUCGACUGCUGAAGGAGGUUGUAAGUCUUGGUCAAACUGUUUCAUAAGCUUCAUCAGGAUCUCACACAGCUGUGUCUCAGGAAGAUUCAUCUCUCAUGUCAUGCUUACACGCUCGGAUGCAUGGAUCCAACAAUAUAUCUGAGAUUGCCAGAAUGGUGGGUGGUCGGGUGGAACGAUGAUGAAAUUAGUGCUGGAAAUUGCCUUAGUGGUCUAUGAAUGGUGAAUUGGUCGGUCACAUUCCUUGCUGUAGAUGCAAAAAAGGAACUUUCCCAUGUCAAUUGGUUAGUCUCACUAUGAAUAGGCUAUUCAAUAAACUUUGUAUGUAAUUUCUGGGCAAAUUUAUAUGAGCUCAGAUGUUUACGUUAACUCUUUUCAAUCAAUCUUUCAGUGAAUUGAAACGAACCCAAUGAUCGGUUUUCCAGAUAGAUUAUUCAAACUGCUCUUCAUUGGUUUGCUGGAGUCGAUUUGUGAACAAGUUCUUUGGCUGCCCGUGCUUUUUGUUAAGUGGUAAUGUUCCUCCGGCUUGUUAAGUUAGCUGGUUUAUGUAAUUUAUUUGAGAAAAGCAAAGUUUCAUUAAUGCCAU